AUGUCCGGGCAGCUCGCAAGCCUCGAUCCUUCGACGGCGAAUCGUCUCCCGCCUCAUUCCCAGGUCCUCUUUGAUGCCAAGGCGGACGCCGGGCUCACAUUCGAGGACAUCGCCAAACAUCUAGGCCGCAGCGAAGUUGCCAUUGCAGGCAUCUUCUACGGUCAGGUUCAGGCCUCGGAAGAGGACAUCCAAAAGUUGUCCAAGCUUCUCGGAAUCCAGGCCGCGAACCUGAAGCAGCUGAACAACUACCCCGACCGCGGCCGCGCAGGGCCAAUGCCGCCCGUUGAGCCACUCAUUUACCGCCUGUACGAGAUUGUACAAAACUACGGGUACGCUUACAAGGCUGUCAUGAACGAGAAGUUCGGCGACGGCAUCAUGAGUGCGAUUUGUUUCAACACGAAGGUUGAGAAGGAGAUUGAUGAGGCGGGUAGCCCAUGGGUUGUCAUUACCCUCAAGGGCAAAUGGCUUCCCUUCACCCGGUUCUAA